CCUCGAUCAGCGGGAGAGCUGUCAUGGACGGGAGAAGAGCAAGACUGAGCACCGACACCUGCAACUGAGGUAUGAGCAGCCGCAGAGUUGCCUCUCAACAGGGCAGCCCCUCACUGGGGGUAGGCACAGGAUCGAUGGAGCAGCCAAGGUCAGAGGUCGUGAACCCCUCUGAGGUAACCCAGCGACCAGGAUCAGAGGUUGUGCACCCAACCAUCCGGGUCACCCAGCGACCAGGGUCUGAGGUAUUGAACCUAACGAAGGUAGUCCAGCGGCCAGAGUCAGAAGUCAUGAAACCCACCGUUACAGUAACACAGCGACCAGGGUCAGAGGGCACCUCCCACUGCACUGUCUUUACAUACUUCAAAGGCGACAUCAACAGUGUGGUGGACGAACACUUCUCCCGUGCGUUGGGGCAAAGGGGAAGGUCUGAAACCCCUAGCCGGGCUGGUGAGGAGCUGCAGUCAGUGACAUGGCCACAGGCUACAAGGUGGCCACCGCCGUCCCUGGGAAGGAUGUUCCCUGUCACGGGACAAAACACAAGGGAGAGCCCAGUGACUACUGCUGGGUCACUGCCAGACCAGCGCCCAGUGCCAGGAGUUGGGGCUGCUGAUCCUUGGCUUCUGCCAGCUGGAGCCCAGCACAUGGGUGUCCUCUUCCAGCCACACCUCCUGCAGCCCCGGAACAUACUGCCCGCUGUGGACUCCGAGGGACACUAUGGCCUGAGUACAGUCCCCAGCACACUCCCUCCUCAACAGAAGACUGCUGUUCCACACCCCUGGACAGGAAUCUCCCACCAUCACCCCAAGGGUAUCAACCCCGAGAGAGGAAUGAGGCCUGAGCAGUGGGGGAAUGAGAAAGGCUUCGUGCCGGAGACGCACAAGGACAUUUACUGGUACUAGUACUGGCUCCUGCCCAGAUGUCUGCUGCUAUGCCAGUCCUGGGUCUCCCAUACAUUCCCCUGGGCCGGACUUGAUCUGAUGCUGGCGGGAUGGACAUUAUGGAUGGAAAAUCUUGUGUCUUCAGCUAGUGUCAGAUAUACAAUAUGGGACUUGAUAUCGACCGCUGCUACACACCACACCAACCCUGAGCUCCAGACCCAGGGGACAGACAGUGCACAAAACCAAGGGGUGGGGAGUGGAGCUCACUUUGCAGGAAGCUGAAGUCAAUGUCACUGUUGAAGAGGGGGAGUCGGGCACAAUACGGUGACUGGAAUAAGAGGAUCGCAUAGUUCCUAAGGAGCUGAUGAA